AUGAGAACCUCUAGCACAAAAAUUGUGAUAACCUUUUUUAUGCUGCUUUCUGCAGUGUGUGUGAUGCUGAAUUUGGCUGGUUCAAUCCUUUCCUGUCAGAAUGCUCAGCUAGUCAGCUCCCUAGAAGGCUGCCAGUUGAUUAAGUUUGACAGUGUGGAGGUGUGUGUCUGCUGUGAGCUGCAGCACCAGUCGUCCGGCUGCAGCAACCUCGGGGAGACGCUGAAGCUGAACCCGCUGCAGGAGAACUGCAACGCCGUGAGGCUGACCUUGAAGGAUCUGCUCUUCAGCGUGUGCGCCCUCAACGUCCUGUCCACUAUUGUGUGCGCGUUGGCCACGGCCAUGUGCUGCAUGCAGAUGGUCUCCUCUGACAUCCUGCAGAUGUUCCUUCCUCAAAGGUCGCAUUCUGCCAACCCUGCCUGCAUGACCCCGCACGGCACCGUCCUCCACCAGACCCUGGACUUCGAUGAGUUCAUCCCCCCCCUUCCUCCUCCCCCCUACUACCCCCCGGAGUACACCUGUACGCCCUCAGCCGAGGCCCAGAGGGGCCUGCACCUAGACUUCGCUCCAUCUCCAUUCAGCACUUUGUAUGAUGUUGCCAUCAACAGCCCCGGCCUGCCGUACCCCACUGAGCUCCCCCCACCCUAUGAGGCGGUGAUGGGCCAGACCCCUGCCAGCCAGGUGACAAGUCGAGAUCACCAGGUGGCCGAGUCCAGCUUCGAGGACCCAAACGCCACUGCUGGCUCCAGCACGCCAG